GAAAAAGACCACUGUCUUUGAACAUUGAAUUCUCUUCACUCCUCUUUUUUCCUUGUUUUUUUUUCCUCCACUUAUUUUUCCUCGUUUGCUUUACCUCGUUCCUUAUCGUCUAUGCGUGUAACAGUGAAAACAGCCACCGUCACGAACGAUGAACCUGCUACAACGCUUGAUCUCAACACUGUCAAAACCACCGGUGAUGCUGAAAUGCGCACUCGUCCUCGUAUCUUCAACCUGACAGAAGCACCGACUUAUUACCCUACAGAAGAAGAGUUCACCGACCCUAUAGAGUAUAUACAACGUAUUCGCGCAGAAGGAGAGAAAUACGGUAUCGUAAAAAUUGUCCCUCCAGCUCACUAUAAGCCUGAAUUUUCUCUCAAUACGGAGGUCUUCCGAUUCAGAACUCGCAUUCAAAAACUAAAUAGCAUGGAAGGCGAAACAAGAGCCAAUGUGAAUUAUUUGGAACAACUGUACAAAUUCCAUCGUUUGGCUGGUCAUCCAGUCAACAAAAUCCCGCAAUUGGAUAAACGACCUAUCGACUUGUUCAAAUUGAAAAAAGAAGUCGCAAACCGUGGAGGAUACAAUAGUGUCGUCGCCGGAAAGAAAUGGGCAGAAAUUGGUCGAAGUCUAGGCUAUACACGAAAACAAUGCACAUCCAUGUCCAACGCUCUGAAAUCGGCCUACGUACGAGUGAUAUUACCUUACGAAGUUUGGUUAGCCAAACAUAAACAGGAGCAAGAACAAGCUUCUGGCAACAACUCUCCUUCCGUUUCACUCACAGCAAUGCGACGUGAUGAUUUUUCCGACAAUCAAUCUUCGCAAAACGGUCAAGUUUGUGAAAUCUGCCGAAAGGGAGAUCGAGAAGAAGAAAUUUUGCUUUGUGAUGGUUGUGAUCGUGGCUACCAUAUGCAUUGCAUUUCUCCACCCAUCAAUUCAAUACCAAAAUCGGAUUGGUUUUGCGUCAAAUGUCUCACGGCCGCCGGUGGGGAUUACGGUUUCGAGGAUGGCGAAGAAUAUUCUUUGCAAGCCUUCCAAAAAGUCUGUGACAAAUUCAAAACCGAAUGGUUUUCAAAAACCAAACCUGUCAGCUCUUGCCGAGAAAUAUCAGAGGAAGACUGCGAAGAUGAAUUCUGGCGCUUGGUGGAAGACCCUCACGAAACAUGCGAAGUUGAAUACGGUGCGGAUCUCCACAGCACACAACAUGGAAGUGGAUUUGCGCCAGUCGAACGGAAUCCCGCCGGAGGUUCCUCUGGUGAUCCCUGGAACCUCAAUAUGAUUCCUAUUUUACCUCGAUCGCUCUUCACCUAUAUUAAAACCGAUAUCAGUGGAAUGAUGGUACCGUGGCUGUACGUGGGCAUGUGUUUUUCCGCUUUCUGCUGGCACAAUGAAGAUCAUUACACCUAUUCCAUCAAUUACAUGCAUUGGGGCGAAACCAAGACAUGGUAUGGUGUCCCUGGAAGUGACACCGCCAAAUUCGAAGCUUCGAUGAAAAAGGCGGUCCCCGAAUUAUUCGAACAGCAACCCGAUUUACUAUUUCAACUUGUCACCAUGCUGAGCCCUGGCCGCCUUUUAAAAGAUGACGUAAAAGUCUAUGCCGUCGAUCAACGCCCAGGCCAGUUCGUCGUCACUUUUCCAAAAGCUUAUCACUCAGGUUUCAACCAUGGCUUCAAUUUUUGUGAAGCGGUUAAUUUCGCGCCUUCGGAAUGGGUAGAUUACGGUCUCGAAUGUGCGGAACGGUACAAACAAUAUCGACGCCAACCUUGUUUCUCUCACGACGAAUUGUUGAUGACGGUUGCUAUGCACGAUCAAUCAGUUGAAACGGCAACGUGGCUCAAAGAUGCCCUGGCAGAAAUGGAAAAACGAGAAAUCACGGAACGUAAUCGACUACGGAAAAAGUGUCCUCGAAUUAAGCAAAUAAUUAUGGAAAAGAAUACCGACGAUGCCGAGAAUGACCAAGACGACGAACUGCAAUGUAUCUUUUGCCAUUGUUACACCUACUUAUCACACGUCGCCUGCGAUUGUACCAGCAAAGUAUCAUGUCUUGACCAUAUCGCUGAAUUAUGCACGUGCGAGUACACAAAAAAGAGCCUCUGCAUGCGAUAUUCCGAUCAGCAAUUACAUGCGUUCGUGCAAGACGUUUUCAACAUUGCGAGUGUGCCUUCGGCAUGGAGCCAGAAACUGAAAAAGCUCAUGUGCAGCGACCCUGGCCCCAGUCUUAAAACCCUCCGUCAAUUGUUGCACGAAGGCGAAAAGGCGUCGGUUCCUGCCAGUGAAAUCGAUCCGUUACGUGAUUUUAUGCACCAAGUGAACGACUGGAUUGACGAGGCUAAUAAAUAUAUCGUUCGAAAACCACGACGACGCGAUUCGCAUGAACUGGAACCGUCGACCGAGAACUACCAAGGAACCCGGUAUCGUCGCAUGCUCGAAUUGUUGGAUCAAGCAUCGCGCAUGACGUUCAAUACUUACGAAAUUAAACUGUUGCAAAUCGCCACUCAGAAAUUGACGAAUUAUAAACAGGAAGCGGCCAAGAUACUUGCUCAUCCUUCGGCAACCGUCAGCGAUUACGAAGCGGUUUUAAACGAAGGCGUUCGAUUAAACGCAGACGUCGAAGAAAUGGCCGAACUUCAUAUUGCCAUCAAACGCCGGAAAUGGAUUGAACAAGCACCGAAAAUACUCAACGCCACCCCCAUCAAUUACGACCAAUUGAAGCAAUUACUUGACGACGCACGAACGUACAAGCUGCCACUGAAAGACGAUCCAGUUUAUCAGUCUGUGGUCGAAAAAGAACGACUCGGUCAAGAAUGGAUUCAACGUGCCGAGAAAGCACUUAAACAGCAAACUACUUUAUAUGAAAUUCGCAGUGUGCUGGAAGCCGAAGCAGGUGUACCGACGGUCCCGGCUCUCGUUAAUAGCUUACGUGCGCUACUGAAUCGCGCCAUGAGUACUGUGCAAGAUGCCGAACAUUUGAUCCAGCAUAUUCGGGCACCAUCCGCGGAAAAGAUUCUGAUGGCCGAACUUGAACGGGUGAUCAAAGCGCUGACGAUGAUUCCCGUGGAUAUGGAGGACGACACUUCCCUGCUUCAGCAAGAAUUGCACUCAAUCGAGGCUUGGCGAGGCAAAGUGAACAAAGUUUUUGCUGCGGCAUCACGGACCAAUAUUAAAUCUGUAUCGACAAUUUUGACCGAGGUGCUUGAGAGUAUCAGCAGUAUCAUUGAUGAGGAUCAGUCGUCCGAAGAUGCCUACUGUGUCUGUCGAAGGCCCGAAAGCGGUUUGAUGAUUGAAUGUGAUGUGUGCCAUGAAUGGUAUCACGGCCCCUGUGUCAAAGUAUCUCGACGAGAAGCCAAGACGCAGAACUCGUAUAUUUGUCCGAUAUGCGACGGAAGCAAGAAAACGAUUCGAUACCUGACUCGACGACCGCGACUGGAGCAGUUGGAACAGUUGAUUGAGGAGGCUCAAGCAUUGAACUUUGUGCCACCGGAAUUAGGCAGCAUACAAAAGAUCAUGGAUAAGAUGACGUACUACCAAGGAAAGACGCAAGACUUUUGUCGAUCCAAGCCGCAUUUGGGAGUCGAAGAUCUGGAAAUGAUCAAAAAGCAUCUUAGAAAAUUAGAAGGGCUUGAAAUCGAUUUGCCAGACGAAACCGAAUUCUUGCGAAGAAAAGUACGAAAUUUGUCCCCUGUCAGUUUAGCGACCCCGCCAGCUGAAACCCGGCAACCUGUCACGAACCAUGCCUCGUAUGCCUCUCAAUCCAAUACGGACGAUCGAGUCUACUGUAUUUGUCGCCGAGGAUACGAUGCGUCGGAUCCCGAAAUGCAGAUGAUUGAGUGCGAAGAUUGCAAUGAAUGGUUCCACGUCGGCUGCGUUGGACUUACAAAGACACCCUUGGACACCAUCGGUCAUUACGCGUGCCCAGCGUGUGCAAGGAAAGCGGGCGAUACCAGUCCUAGCUUCAUACCGGAUCGACCAAAAUCACAGACAUUGAUCAAGUUGACUCUGAAACCGCCAGCACCACCCAUGCACAGCCGAAAACGCAAGGAUUCCGACGACGAGGAGUACCAUGAUCAUCGCAGUCAUAGCCGGCGCUACAAGCGGAAGUCUGAGCAUGAAACGCCCAUCGCCCCUCGUCAUCCCAAUCCCCAUUCCCAUUCCCAUUCACGAAAACGGAAGCACAAUAUGGAUGUAAGUCAGCCGACAGCCGCAUAGUGGAAGGAGUGGACCCCGGGAAGAUUCGUUUGCUGACAGCCUAUUUCGUACACGAAUUCUUAGAUGAUGGCAACAGCUCCUAUGCGUCCUUCUUUUACUUCCAACCCCAACCCCAGUUCCAAUCCCACAUCUACUUCUCACUCCCAUCCUUAUUCGCCACGUUAUCGUAUCAUUGCUCCUUCUCCCAUCCCUGCUGCAUCCAGUAAUGUCUCUAUGCAUUAAUUCUAUAUCUUUAUCGACAUGUCACACUCCCCUUUUGUUUCUUUCACUAACUAAAAAUUACAUUUCAAUCAUCUCUAUCUCUCUCUGUGAAACAUUGCCACCGAGAUAUUAUUGCCCUCCCUACUCUUUGUUGUUUUUUUAUCAGUUAAUGAAAAACGUUUUAAUUAUUCUUUGGGAUGCAAAUGCAUCUCAUUAUUCCUUUCUUCAGGAUGGAAACAGAUGUGUUUGAAA